CAACCAUGACGGACGACCACAAUUUUUCUCCGGCCGACGAGGGCUUAUCGCCGAACCCAGAUAUUGAAAUCACCGGAAAUAUGUUUUCUGGUCGACUUAUUUUUGUCCUUUCGGACUCCAGAUGGAAGGGAGUUCAGAGGAUGGCGAACAACUGCACCAAGAUGAAGGCAGCGAGCAAGAGAUUGAUGGGGAGGAAGUCUUCGGAUUUGAAAGUACUGACCUUGGAGAUGACACUAACCAGGUUCUUGCAAUUGAACAUGUUGAUAUAGCUAACACUGCUGAUCAGAUGCUUGGAAUUAACAGGGAUGACCUUGAGAAUGACAUGCAGGUGCUUGAUUUUGAAAGGAAUGGCCAUGAUCAUAAUAGUGAACAGAUGCUUGAGAUUCAAUGUGGUAACCUUGACAACGGCAUAGAUAGAGAUACAGUCAUAGACGAUCAGAAUCUUGUCUCUGGGGCAAAGGACUAUCUUCCACCUGUGGUUGGGAUGGAGUUUGAAUCUUAUGAUGAUGCCUAUAAUUAUUAUAACUGCUAUGCCAAAGAGCUUGGAUUUGCAAUCAGGGUUAAAUCUUCGUGGACAAAACGUAACAGCAAGGAGAAACGUGGCGCAGUGCUCUGUUGUAACUGUGAAGGUUUCAAAACAAUGAAAGAAGCAAGCAGUAGAAGAAAGGAAACAAGAACCGGUUGCCUAGCAAUGAUAAGGUUGAGAUUAGUGGAGUCCAACAGGUGGAGGGUGGAUGAAGUGAAGAUCGAACAUAACCAUCCAUUUGACCCUGAAAGGGUUCAAAACUGUAAAUCACACAAGAAGAUGGACCCAGGGAGCAAGAGGAAGUUGGAACCAUCUGUUGAUGUGGAAGUACGGACAAUCAAGUUGUAUCGUACUCCUGUAAUUGAUACGGUGGGCAACAGAAGCUCAAAUGAAAGAGAGAGUGGGAACCAAGUUGACCAGUCCAAGCAUUUGAAACUUCAUCAAGGCGAAGCAGAAUAUAUAUCGAACUUUUUUGGUCGGUUGCAGUUGACAAACCCCAAUUUUUUCUAUGUUAUGGAUCUAAAUGAUGAAGGGCAUUUGAGGAAUGUGCUUUGGAUUGAUUCCAGGUCCAGGGCUGCAUAUGGUUAUUUUGGUGAUGUGGUAGCAAUCGACACAACUUGUUUGUCAAAAAGCUACAAUAUUCCUCUGUUGUUAUUUGUUGGAGUAGAUCACCAUCUGCAGUCUAUUUUGUUAGCUUGUGGCUUCCUUGUAGAUGAAACCAUGGAGACUUACAUUUGGUUGCUGAGAGCAUGGCUUUCAUGUAUGUCGGGACGUCCUCCACAAACAGUUUUAACAGACCGCUGCAAGGCCUUGCAAAGUGCAAUCUCUGAGGUUUUUCCCAGGACUCACCAUCAUUUAUAUUUGCCCCUUGUCAUGCAAAGCAUUCUUGAUAAAUUAGAAGUGGGGGCAUCGAAAGUCUUUCAAGAUGUACUUAAUAGAACAGUUUACAAUUCACUGAAAGCUGAUGAAUUUGAAAUGGCUUGGGAGGAAAUGAUCCAGCACUUUGGACUCAGAGAUCAUAAAUGGCUUCAGACUUAUUACGAAGAGCGAGAAAGAUGGGCUCCAGUUUACUUGAAAGAUACAUUUUUUGCGGGACUAGUUACUUUUCCUCCAGGAGAUUGCAUGAGCCCUUUCUUCGAUGGGUAUGUAAAUAGCCAGACAACCUUGAAAGAAUUUUUUAAUAUCUAUGAAUUAGUUUUACAAAAGAAGCAUCAGAAGGAAGCUCUUGAUGACUUGGAAUCAAGAAAGUAUAUACCCGUGUUAAGAACAAGGUGCAAUUAUGAGGUGCAGCUGUCUGAAGUGUACACAAAAGAAAUAUUUUUGAAGUUUCAAGUUGAGUUGGAACUGAUGUCCAACUGUUUUAACGUGACACAAAUUCAUGCUAAUGGCCCCAUCAUCACAUACGUGAUAAAAGAACGGGAUGCUGAAGGAGACAUGAAUAAUGCAAGAAAUUUUGAAGUGAUGUAUGAUAAAGUAGGAUUAGAAGUUCGCUGUAUUUGCAGCUGCUUCAAUUUUAGAGGUUACCUGUGCAGACAUGCUUUACAGAUUCUUACCUAUAACGGUAUAGAGGAUAUCCCAAGUCAAUAUAUCCUAUCACGGUGGAGGAAGGAUUUUAAGCGCUUGUAUGCACCUGAUAUUGGCUCAAACGUGAUUGAUGUUACCAAUCCUGUGCAAUGGUUUGAUCACUUGUACAGACGUGCCAUGCAAGUUGUCGAGGAAGGGAUGACUUCUCAAGAUCAUUAUACGGUUGCUUGGCAAGCAUUUAAGGAGUCUUUGAAUAAAGUUCGUCUUGUAGCAGACAGGCAUGUACAAUGAAAUUAUAUGCUACUAAGCUAGUGGUUCUUCUUCUGUACAGGAGCUAUGCCCUAUUGUUCCAUCUUCCAUACAAUCAUACAAGCAGUCAGUUUGUUGUA